UGCGUUGCAGUUUAUUGAGCUCGAACGAGAAGUGCGACGAAGCUGGCCGUUAUUCGUUAAUAUUAAUAAUUCUUUUAAAGAAUACGGGUCAGAUAUGGACAACGACCUCGAAGACAUUUGCAGUAGGCUAAACAGAGAAAGAGAGGGAGAACCAAAACUACCUGUCCUGGCAUCACACUUGAGGAGGAGAUGAAGUCGGUUAUUGACGGUGAAUAUGACCUAGCCCGGGGGAGUUUCCAGAAGAAGGCCCAGAACCGCCGACCGCCAGGAGUGGAGGUCCUUCGUUGUUGCCCUACGUGCCAGGCGGCAUCAGGCAGUAGGUAAAUGAUGUAAGUUGAAAUGGAAGGUGUCCUGAAUCUGCACCCAGUCAUCUGGUUUCGUAACACCUUUCAUAGCGCCAUUGGAACCUGCUCCCUACCAGUAUAACAUCAAACAGAUUGGAAGAAUAACGGCCAAUGGGAAGUGCCUUUUAUACCCCUACUUGCCACACAGCAGUCUGUGGUUUAGCGCAAUCUAAACUUGAUUAUUGUAGCUCUUCGUGCUUGAAUUAGGGCGAUCUGGACCGACUGCAGAUAGUACAGAAUGCUGCACCUAUUGUGCCAUUUGCCAUACACCCACUUCGCUGGCUGCAAGUCAAGGAAAGGAUGUACAUGAACAUCAGUGUCCGUCUACUGAUUUUCAAAGUCAAUGACAGGGAUCCAGAUUACAUGUAUUAAAAGGAAUGCCUUGUGCGUCAUUUUCGUUCUAGGCGCACUUGCCUUUUUAUUUUUGUGAUCCUUAGUCUACCAUGCACCUACAAAUUAGCUACUGGUGAUGAAACUUUCUCCACUACUGCUCCAAGGCCAUGGAAUUAGCUCCAUCCUCUCCUCCAAUUUUUAACAACCUUGGAUCAAUAUCAUUUGAGAAGACCUACCACAUUCCUUAUCAUCUUUGCUCUGGACUUGGAACAACACUGUCACUGCCUGGUAAUUUGAAUUUUUUAAAAUCUCAUGUGCUGACUAGGAUGGCAUCUCAAAGUGCUUUGUAUCUCACAAAAUAGUGUGUUGUGUAAAAGAGAACAAGCAUUGAGGUCAAGCAUAAGGGUAACCAUGGAUAUGGCCUUUGAUUACUUUUUAACAAAACUGAAAAAAUUCAUCAAAAUAGGACAAGGAUAAUAAAGUAAUGUAUGACAUUCUAAGCUCUGCAUUAUUUUGGUGAAAGACCUCUAAGCAUAUGCAAGUAGCCUGCUGAUGAUGUCAUACAGACGUACACGUACAUGUAUCCCCAACUUAUUAUUUUGUAUAUAAAAUUGUGUAUUUAAAUUGGAUUGUAAACUGCAUUGAUGUGACUUACCUGUAUUGAUUAUUGCUGGAAGUUCUUUUGCUACAUGGGACCGGAAGACAUACUUAUUAUUUAUUACACAUGAAAUAAUUGCUAUUUCAUCUGGUAACAGAACAAUAAAAAUGUGGGCAUGAUAUCAUAAACUUAUCUACUUGCAUGUGUUAAUUUUUUUAUCUGAUUUUGAUAAAAUUUUCACUAUUUUGCAUGGUAAAUAUUACUUUAUUUAUCAUAGAUAUAAUUAUGUUGAGCCUGGAUAUACAAGUACCCCUUUAGAGAUAAAUUACCCCUUUAAAGAUAAAUUACCAGUUGUAGUAACAAUCUUAAAAUGAGUUCGAACAGAAUCCAAAUAUAGCUCGAGAAGAAAAUGCGUAAUUGCUGAGAAAUGAGCAAAAUAAGCAUGUAAAUCUAUCAAAUGUCAGGUAUUUUUCGAAUCAGUUAUAUUAAACUGUCCUGUCUCACAUAUGUUUUUCUGUGUUAGUGAUCAUCAGAAUUAUUGAUUUUAAAGAUAAAUUCCAGUUCUGGUAACGAUCUCAAAAUGACUUUUUACAGAAUCUAAUAUAAUGACCACCCAAGUGUCUGUAUGAAUAAAAAAUAUGUGCCAAAGGAUUCUGGAAGAAAUUGUGUAAUUGCUGAGAAAUAAGCAAAAUAAGCGCGGAUUCGGUCACUUCCGUCGGGUCUUUAUUCCAGAAAUAAUAAUACACUGUCCCACGUGUGCCUAUCUGUGUUGGUGAUCUUCAGUUUGAACCUUCUUAGCGUAGAUUUCAAGAUUUCACAAAGUUCAGUUUAUGUAACUGUACCAGAUCUAGAUCCUCAAUGAUAUACUGACAAUUAAGCCUGGUUUUACAGACUUUCUCAUGAAAUCAGUGUUUACUGCAACUACUGGCAUUUCUCUUUAAGUUCAAAAUUCAUGAUUUUACAAAGAUACAAGUUUACAUUAAUGUACCAGAUCUAGAUCAUGUACAAUAUUUUGACAAUUAACCUUAAUUUAAAAGACUUUUUCAAGAAAUAAUUGUUUGCUGCAACUACUGUCAUUUACCCCUAAGUGAUAAUGUAAUACAAUCACAAACUUUUCAUAAGAAUUAAUAUACAUGUAUGAUUCUUAAACCCAAAUGCAAGCUUCCAUAAAUCCUGAAAUCAAUGCAACUCUGGUAUUUUUUUUUACAUAUAGUAUAUUUUUACCUACAUUACAUAGAUCUCUAAAGUUGAAGGUAUAUUUAAUUACAAUUUCAACAAAAAAGCUAUAUUCUUGGAGAUCAUUAUUAUUCAUAAUGCCUCUGUUAUGUAUUAAUGUAUUAAUGUGUAUUUAUGUAUUGGUAUAACAAACAUUGUAAUUAUUUCAUUCCUUUGACCCUAAUACUGCAUUUUCAUAGAAAAGUGUUUUUUUUUUAAAAUCUAUUUCUUUUCCUUUUUUUGCUGGUAAUAUCAUGUUAUGCAACUUUUAUUUAUUAAUAGAAUAUUUGUCAUGAUUUCCUAAUUGAAAUGCGUACACGUAUUUGAUUUUGUUUUCCAUUUUUGUAUAUAUUCUUUUUCUGGGGGGGGGGGGGUCAUGUUCUUGAGACUGAGUCAAGUUAUGCAAGGCCCUGGCAUGGAAGAUCAUUAUAUUGUUACUGGGAAUGCUGGACAUUGUCAGACCACCUCAGUAUUCACCAACAAUAGAUAAUCCUCAAUGACAAGGUCUUUGAAGUGGUGUGUGUACAUUACAUGUAGAAUUUAAUUUAAACGUUUAUGUCAUCACGUCAGAAUACGUUAAAAUAUAUCAUAGUCGACUCCAAAAGACGUCAUAUUCAUUUCAAUAUGCGACGUCAAUAUGACGUCUAUUACUAGUCAGCAAUAUGUUUCAAAGUCGUCAUUCAGACGUCGUAGUUGACUUAUAAAGACGUCAUAAUUACAGCAAUAUGACGUCUGAAACUGGUCAGGAAUAGGUUACAAAGUUGUCAUUAAGACGUCGUAGUUGACUUUUAAAGACGUCAUAAUUACAUCAAUAUGACGUCUAAAACCGGUCAGGAAUAGGUUGCAUGGACGUCAUUACGACGUCGUCGUCGACUCUCGAAGACGUCAUAAUCACGUCAAUACACGACGUCAAGCUGACCCUUGAUACUGGUCAGGAAAACGUUGUAAAAACGUUGCAAAGACGUCAUUAAGACGUCGUAGUCAAUCUUGGAGACGUCAUAAUGACGUCAAUAUACGACGUCAUAAUGACGUUAUUCGCGGGUGCAAGAUCCCGUCAAUAAGACGUCAUGUUACGACGUCAAAAUGACGUGACACUCGUCGUUAAACUGACGUAAUUAUGACGUCAUUUUUACCAGUUUCUGCUAUCAGGGCGAAUUCACGGUCGCACCUCAAUAUUACUCUUCUCGUUAUGGCGAAAAACUACUUUUACCUAAACCACGGACAGAAUUCCUUAAGAAAUCCUUUAAAUAUAGAGGUGCCAAGGUAUACAAUGCCCUACCUUUGGACUUAAAAUUGUCUCCUACCAUAAACAAUUUCAAAACCAAAUUAUCAUCUCACUUCGGUGACCUGCUUAUGUAGCACCCCUUUGGUGUACUACAUAAUAUUUCCAGCUUAUGUAUUAUUUCUUUAUUUCAUGUGAAUUCUUAAAUAUCUUUAUCAUGUAUUACUUUUAUAUGUUUCAUUUCUUGAGAAUAUAAAAUAUAUAUUCUUCCUCCCAACUUAUAUCACAUUCACAUACCUACAGUGCAUGUGUUAUACAUCAUAAGGCUUGCCGCUUGCAGACCCUAUGAUAACACACCUUUGUCUUUAUAUUAACCUGUCUGAGCUAAACAAUGAAUGCUCAGAUUACUUCAAGUUUAAUGGGCCUUUGUGCUCUAGACUCUAGACACCUUCUUUGUCUGAAGAAGAAUUUCCCUCCAAAUUCUGUUUUGCACUCACCCCUAUAGUGGACUGAACUAGUCCAUUAUUUGUAUAGGUUAGUUUCAGAUUUGAAUAUUAUAUGUUUAUUUUAUAAAUUUUGACAUAUAAUGAGAUGUCUUAUUUUAAGUAUUAUGUUUUAUAUUAUAUUGUUGUAUUUACAAAUACAUAAGUAUUUGUGGAGUUUAGUCAAGUAGAAAUGACCAUGGAUCAACUCCUGGACUAUUACAUAAUAUCAAACACCCCCACAAGUUACAAUAUUGGAAGAGUCCGCUUUCUACUUCCAAGGGCGAUGUUCCUGUCUCAUCACAUUUUGCUUUUGGAGAUGGAGACAGAACAGACCUCCAAGAAUUACCUCUCAUAAUUCUUGUAUUUUUAAUUCCUGCUGUACAGGUAAGAUCCAACAGUCAUUUUCUACAUAUUAUUAUAUAAUUGUAAUAUUUAUUGUGUUUUAAUAUUAUUCAUGAAAUUUAUGAAUAAUUGAUUCCAGUUCCUUGUUGUAAUUUAAUAUUUGAAAUACAGUGUGUCUGAACUUGUUUGAAAGUUCAACACUUAUUGAAUAUUUAUACUUUGGCAUUUUCAAUAUGGCACAAGCCUUCAACCAAUGAAACUAUAUUGAUAUAUUCUUACUUUAUUAUAUUCCAUUAUCUCAACUAUUUCAUAACUAUUACAUUUGCUAUUUUAUUGAUAGUCGAAUAUUCAAAUAUCGAAAUGUAUUGACAAUAUUGUAAAGAAUGAUUUAAUUUUGAUCGAUAGUCAAUUUGACACAUUUUGCUUUUGGAGAUGGAGACAGAACAGACCUCCAAGAAUUACCUCUCAUAAUUCUUGUAUUUUUAAUUCCUGCUGUACAGAUUUCCAUUGACAUGAAUUGGCUCAUAAGCCAUCUCUCCAUCUCAUUGAGACCCUUAUAUAUAUAAUUUCAUUUUGUUUAGUUUACUAUAUAGUUAUUACUAUAUUUCAUUAUGGUUAGUUUAUUUAACUAGAAACAAAGUCAUUAUUCUAGUUGAUAUGAAGUUAACAACUCCAUUUAUAUGGAGCUCAUGAUAACGGUAUUAAUCAUUAUGUGACAAGUCGUCUCAUAUAUAUAUAUUGUAUAUAAUGUAAAUACGUUGUAUUAAUAAUAAAGGAAUAAUCAUCUUUUUCCUUUAAUCAAGUUAGUAAAGAAACUUUAUUUGAAUGUCUUUUUAUGUAGUUAUUAAGUAAGUAACAUAUUAACUGUUGAAUGCUUAUGACUGUGUGUAUGCUAUAAUAUGAUUGUGUAUGCAUGUGCUAAGGUUUAACUAUUUUUAGUAGUUUAUCGAUAUAAUAUUAAGUUCCACACCUAGUAGACCGACAGGUAGGGAAUAAAUACUGAUAUAGAUAUACAUUCCCUCUAUAUCAUUUGUAUUUAAUAUAUAAUUUAAAGUCUUCCGCUGCAUGUUAGUUGUAUUUAAAGAUCCUCCCCCUACCCGAAAAAUGUCGGUGCUACAAUUGGUAGCAGAGCGAGGUUUAUAUUUUUUUUUUAGUAGACUAUAAUAUUGCUAUGUCUUUGCAAUUGUUAGGUUUAUAAUUUGUAUGACCAAAGUGACAGUAUAAUCCUUUUGAUUAUCUUUUAAAUAAAUGGUAUUAAGGGAGAGAAGGUGUAAGUAUAGGUAUUGAGUGAAGAUACCUUUAGGAACUAGUAUUUGAAUUUUUACCACAGUUCAUUUUGUUCCAUUUGUGUGUGUUAUUGAAAAUCCUAUCUCUACACCAUUUAGCUCUAUUGUUUGAGUAAGAAGAUACUUCGUAGGAGUGCAUAACAGGUUACUUAGAAAAUCUAUUUUUGCAUUAUACUUUUGCUACAUUUGCGCGCUCACUUUUGGUUCAUUCAAUUUAGUGGAUAAUUAGGGUCUAGGUACAAGACUAUUCCUGAUCAGAUUUUGCUCCAUCAAUCUGUCAUCUACCCAGUUUGAUAAGGACAUUUGUUUUGAAUCCAACUCUUUGGUAGUUGAUUCUCUGUUGUUAGUUUUCUUUUUCUUCCUUUCUCUCUUUGUUUUCUAUUUUGAUGCUGUUUGCUUUUCAGGAGCACAGUAUUUUGGUUUUGUAUAUUUUGUCAUUUUUAACUUGACAUUGUUUGAAUUUUGUAUUUGAUAGAUAAUUUCAGGCAAUUAUCUUAGGACCCUGUUCAUUUUCAUAAUUUUCAUAUUUUGUUAGUUACAUUUCCAAUAUUGUUUGAUUUGAUUAGUUAAUCAUGGCUGAAGCUAAUGAUCUUGUUGGUACCCCCACCCCUUAUGAGGUCAAGGAGGAUUCGCCUCCUCCCUCUCCCUCAGAUACCCUGAGUGAUUUCCUCGCAGGGGCAGGGAUAAGUCUUGAUGAGUUGAAGCAUUUAGUUAGAGGGAGUUCUAAUAACUCUCAAGGAGGUAUCUCUUCCUCAGAGUCAUCCCAGAUCCGCUUGCCAAGGCUUGGCCUCUUCUCUGGAAGAGAACCAGUCAAGCAAGGCGAAGUGGACUGGGAGACAUUUCACGAUGUUGCAAGGGAAAUAGCCACUAUGGCUGGCCUGAGCGAACAAUCAAAACGUCGUGAAAUAGUGACUCGCCUCCUUUUACCUGCUAAAGACUUUGCUAAGCAAGUCGCGGCAGGUACCACCUCAAUCGAUCUACUGGCUUAUUUGGACAGCAUCUAUGGUGCUGUUCAAAACAACAACCUGCUGCUUCAGGAAUUCAUGGGAUUGGUCCAAGGUAAGGAUGAAAAACCAUCGGAUUUCCUAAAGCGACUACAAUUGAAGGUUAGUAGAUUAGUUGAGGUGGGGGAGUUCUCCCAUCAAGCAGCAACCCAAAAGUUGCUGGACAAAUUCAAGCUCGGAUGUCAUGACGAAUAUAUAUUGACAGUAACGAAUCUGCAUAACCAAAUCGUUGCUCCCCCUUUUCCUAAAUUAAUUAGUAUUAUAAGAGAGGCAGAAGCAACCAGGACUGCCAAGAGGGCCCAAUACAAACCCAACCCCAAAACAGCCCAUAGCUAUGUACAAUUUGAAAACAUGAGCUUGUAUCACACUGAGCAACAAAAAGAGACCCAGCCAAAACACAAUAAACCCCAGAAAAGCUCAAAUAAAGGAGCAUCUCCUUCCAAUAAAUCCAAAUAUCAUCCCUCCACAUCUCGUCCCAAAUCUUCCCCUCGAUGCCCAGUUAGGGUAAUCGUGUGCUUUAAGUGUGGUGAGUUUGACCACUAUCAAGGUGAUUGCGAAAACCCACCAAACGAAGAUCUCAAGAAUAGGAACAUGGCCAAAAGAGAGGAAAUUAUUAAGGCCUGGGAGGCAAUUAACAAGCCACAAACUGUUAGGAGUCCCCCAAACGAGUAAAGA